CAUUUAAACAAAAUCGAAAUGAAAAAUUAAUGUAAAAUGAUAUAGAAGUUUGCGGCGAACUUUAACGAACGCAACAGUGUUAAAUUAUAUCGAUAUCACAGUAUCGUUUUAACUACGAGUCGUACACUUUAUUGAUAAAUAUUGUUAUCGAUAUAUAUUUAUAUAGAUGUGUGUAUAUUAAACUAGCUGUGGCAUACUCAUACACAAAACGAAGACGCGCAUUAAACAAAUUAAUAGAAUUCGAAAAUUAUAGCAAUAAUAAAACGUAUGCAACUAACCUGAAACCCACCUUGUAAUUAGAACCGAAUACUAGCAGACACUAACAGCCGUGUACUUCAAAUCAAGUGUAUCCAAUUGGACGACAAGUUUUGCAACCCGCAUAGAAAUUGUAAAAUAUGGUCAGGCUUUUCACACUGAGUGUCUUUUUCAAGGGUGCCAGCGAAGCGCGCUUAUUGAAGACAACCUCUGAUUUACAGUCCUUUUCGUUUUUUCAACGUGGCACAGUCAACGAGUUCAUGACCUUUGCGUCAAAGACGAUUGUGGAACGCACCCAGCCGGCGCUGCGGCAGUCUGUCAAACAGGAUGCCUACAUGUGCCAUGUCUAUGUGCGGGCUGACAACUUGGCUGGCGUUCUUAUCGCCGAUCACGAGUACCCGCACCGUGUUGCCCACACGUUAAUUACAAAGAUAUUAGAUGAUUUCACGGCCAAGGUGUCGGCCGACCAAUGGCAGAACGGCACCGACUCGAGCAUUGCGUUUGAUUCGUUGCCCGCAUUUUUGACCAAAUACCAGGACCCCAAAGAAGCGGAUCCGCUAACGAAAAUGCAAACCGACUUAGACGAAACCAAAAUCAUCUUGAAGAACACAAUUGAAUCUGUGCUGGAGCGUGGCGAAAAGCUGGAGGAUAUGGUCACCAAAUCCGAGCAGCUAUCAAUGCAAAGCAAGGCAUUCUACAAGACAGCGAAAAAGACCAAUUCCUGUUGCAGCUUCACCUAAGUCCACAUUGGGACACCAAACGAAACAGAAACACCACAAACAAACACCAACAAGAGGAAGACGGGCAUAUUACAAACUGCGAGGUCGCGGCAUUGGCUUAGAAUUUGUAUGCUUUUUAUAUAACAUAAUUAGUUAAUUUUAUAUUAUACUAUACUAUACUAUAUAUACUAUACACACAUAAGUAUUUAUACGUAUGUUAAUGUGUAAUAACACUCAUAUAUGUAUGUAUGUACGCCCGUAAUGUGUGUUUAGCGUUCAACUUGGCAUCUUGUUGUGUCUGCAUGUCUAGGGUAUAAUGCUACAGAUAAUGUUAUAUAUACUUAUGUAUAUAUACAUGCA